UGGAAAUUUUUCAGAAUUUGUAUGAGCCGUAACAUCGUCCGGACACCCACCCACCCCCUUCAGCGUUAUGUAAUUUGUGAAUGAGCCCUAAGACCUCACCCAAUGUACGGUGAAACUGGUGUGAACAUUUUGUGGUGGGACAAUCUUUUCUGCCUGUGCGUCGAAUUAGGUGCAAAAAAGUCAAUAUUAUGCCGUUUUUCUUUUUGAACCUGGGUUGGUGCUGAAUUCAUAAACAAGCCAACGUCAGACAAAUGUCUGUUCGGUCGAACCUGAAAUUUGUCCGACAUUGAAUUGUUUAUGCAUUCAGCACCAACCCAGUUCCACCCCAAGUUAUGGGCGAUAUCCACUUCGUAGUACUGUGCAAAAGGAUAGGGCAAGUAGAGCCAAGAAAUGAUCAAGGAAUGAUUUCGCUGUCAAAAUUACUUGAGCUGCAUCCAGUUGGAAAGUAGAACAAUUAUCGUAACGUUUCGUGACGCUUACCGGGCAAAUCAAAUGGAGCUAUCACUUUUCCGUACGGAAAAAUAUUCCGCUCGAUUAUUCCGCAAGUAAAAUUGACAUCUCGCUCAUACUGAACCAUCUGUCAAAAUUACUUUGGUAAUUUUGUGAGAAAUUUACUUGAGUGUUCUACUUGGGAUCAGGAUACCAGACUUAAAAAAAAACGACAUUACGAACAAGCGCAAAUGAUGAUUCAUUCGUUUGGAGGAGGAGGUUUUCGUUCAGUGCAUAACGCUCGUUCGUUUUUUUUUCUAUUUUACCGCAAUAUUCUAUGUUUUCAUUUUGUGUGUUGCUUUCAUUUGGCUUGACAAAAUAUGUGUAAGUAAUAAUUUUCAUGCAUUUUUCGAUCUUUGUGUGUUGGCGCCAUUUGCAUUUUCUCUACUUCCGGUAGCAUCGUAAGUAGAGUGCGCGUGUGAGAAAAGAUAUAUUUUCCGUUUUCGAUAAUAAAACAUGAGACCCGAUCAAUAUUCAUUAGAAAGGAUGAGGGCAGCUAAAAAGCUGUUCCUCAGGAAGAAAAAUAGAUCAGAACCGGUUAGCGGUGACCAAGCGGUUUCAGGUCGAGAGGAUAGCCAGAGGGAACUUCCCGAACAACAGCAAACAGCGGUAAGCAUCUUUCAGGUUAGGUUUCUCUGUUGGUGCAAUAAAAAAUGGGAUCCGAUUUAGCACUAACAACUCACUUCUUUCGAUUUCUGUUUGCUUUUGCUUAAUAGAAUUUCGCUUGGAAUCGCGUUGUUACGCGGAGGAUGUCAGCCACAACCUUUACGGUCCGAAAUGAACAUCCCGCACAUCGCGUUCAAACGCGACGGAUUUCGACGACAAACUUGGCUGUCCGAGAGCAGGAGAAAAAUCGCGUCCAAACGCGGCGAAUGUCGAUAGCGUCCGGUGCGGCCCGAGAGCGGCAGGAAAAUCUCGGACAUCGUCUUCGAGAGCAGCAGGACCACCUCGGACAGCGCGUCCAAACGCGGAGAAUGUCGACCGCAUUAUGCACAAUCCGAGAGCAGCAGGAACAUCCCGGACGGUCAUCGGUGGGCAAGCUGCAGUCACAGGAACACCCAGGACAAAACAUCCAAACUCAAGCAAAUCGCGUCCAAACGCGGCAGUUGUCGAUCGCACGCUCUGCGGUCCGUCAGCAGCAGGGUCAACGUGUCCAAACGCGGCGGAUGUCAAUCACACCAUCUGCGGUUCUCGAGCAAUUGGAACAUUCCGGACACUCUGCGGUCCACAAGCAGCAACCGCAAAUUUCCGCUUGUGAACAUAAAAAGCGGACAAACGAGAACUAGAAAACUGGGCAACGUCCAAAUCUGCUGUUCCGCUUGACGAACGUGAGGGGUUCGUGAUCGGUAAAGACAUCGAUCACGAAAACAAGUCGUUCAGAAUCAUAUUUUCGUCCAAGCGUCUGUUGUCGCUGAUGACGAAUUUGAGCGUUGUAGCAGCCGAUUGCACAUUCAAGGUCACCGUCGAAGGAUAUCCUUUGCUUGUUGUGGCUGUGAUUGACAACAUGCGCCAUGCACAUCCGGUCGCGUUCGGCAUCAUAGCCAAUCAAGAACACACUGACUACCAGUUUGCGUUUCAGAGUAUUCUGCAAGCAAGCUCGAAAUUGGGGUUCAGAGUAGUUGUUACCGCAUUUUUAAGCGACGGAGAGCUCGCGCUAAAGAACGCUGCUCGUGCCGUUUUCGAUGAGCCAAAACUCUUAAACUGUUAUUUCCACUUUACGCAGAACCUAGACAAACACUUGAAAAAGUACCACGAAGUUCCGGUAGAACUCCACAAUGAAAUAAAACGUAACAUCGGUAUACUUCAGGUAGCUCCGACGGAACAGCACUUCAUUGCUGGGGCAAAGCUAUUUUUGGUAAAAUAUAAGCGUUUUCCGAACUUCAUGAACUUCAUGAAGAAGUAUGUUCAAGAUCCUAACUUUUGCCUAUGGUACGAGGCAGCCAUGCCAGCAGUGCCAGCUACAAAUAACGCUUUGGAAGCGCUGAAUAAGUCCAUUAAGUACAACUUUCUGAACCGGUACAAAGAGCCACUUGCAUCCUUCAAAGUGCUCAUUUUAAAUAUCAUUUAUGAGUACGGAGACCCACAACGUAACAUUGUCCUGGAACGGAGUGUAACUACAUUAGAAAACCAGCGGAAAACAUUCGACUGGAUCAAAGAGAAAAAAAAAAUGCGAUCGGUCCAAGCACCGCUGGAACAGAAGCAGUAUGUUUUCUUGCCCGGGAAAAACAAAACUGAGGUAGCGAUCAACGAUAUGACCCUAUUUGACAACCCGAUCUACAGUACGUUCGAAAGGUUUGCGGAGGAUUUUGGAAGUGUUUAUCGCGUCGACGUCAGCAACGUAAAUUGGCGAUCCUGGAGCUGCACUUGCUAUUCAUUCUUAAAAAACAACAACUGUUGCCACGUGCUAGCGGUCGCUGUGCGACGAGGACUAUACGCACUAAGCGCAGAGGCGGACACUACCGCUGUCGGACAGAAGAAAUCGGCAGGACGGCCGAAAUUAUCGUCGAAGGCGCUGAUUAUCGAUUAACAACCCAAAGGUAAACCGUUUCUAAGACUUGUCCAAGGAUCUAAAUUGCAGAACAGACUUUUUGAUAACCUCUUCUUUCAUUUAAAAUUGGAACCAUUUCUAUUUUUUUUAAAGAUUCAAAAUCCAGUCUUAAGGCUCUAGUAAGAAUCAAGCGAAUGUG